AUGUCUGUACCCCUCACUGCACCCAGCACCGCGACCGAGGUCAAGACCUCCGAGGGCCCUCUCAAAGUCCCUGCGUUUAAGCAUCCGUUAGACCCCCUAACUCCUGAGGAGAUCGUCGCUGUAUCGCACAGCGUCCGCCGGUACGUCGCGGAGAAGACAGAGAUCAAGGCGGUUAGGUUCAUUACGAGCUCUCUCCUGCCUCCGCCGAAGAAAGCCGUGCUCGCCUACCUCGGCAUCCCACUCCUCAGCGGCGAGAAGCCUGAACCCGCGAGUGAGAUCGUGCGCAAGGCCGAAGCAGAUUUCGUCGAUGCCGUGACUGGCGCUGCGUACAACAUCGUCGUCUCCUUGCACGGUCAAGAUUGGACCGUUGACUCUCUGGACAAGCUCCCCGAGGAUGUCCAGCCUCAGAUCUCCGUCGAGGAGCUGCUCAUGUGCGAGGAGAUCAUCAGGGCGGACGAGCGCGUCAUCAAGCUCGCGGCAGAAGUUGGCGUCACGCCCGAUCAGCUGCACGCCGAUGGCUGGGCCAUUGGCUUCGAUGAGCGCUUCCCCUCAAAUAAGCGCAUCCAGCAGGCUCUCAUGUUCGCGAGAUGGUCGCGUCACGAGAACUUGUACGCACAUCCUCUUGACUUCAUCCCUGUCGUCGACUCGAUAACCAAGAAGGUCAUCUACAUCGACUUCCCGCCUUCAUAUAAGCCGAAGGGCGAGACCUCGCUCUUCGAGAGCGCCGGAGUGUCUGUGGACAGCACCGCGUCGACCACUGCGCCCCCGCCGUUGUCCGAGGACUCCUUCAAGUCGGCGAACCGGAAGCGCGUGCCCCCUCCCAAGGAGUCACACGAUUUCCUGCCCGAUCUCCUCGCGCAAAAGGAGGGAUUCAAGUACCGCGACGACAUCAAGCCGCUGCACGUCGUACAGCCCGAGGGCGUGAGCUUCAAGAUGGACGGCAACGUUCUCGAGUGGCAGAAGUGGAAGAUGCACGUCGCAUUCCACCAUCGCGAGGGCAUCGCGCUGUCGACGAUCACGUAUAACGACGACGGGACCGUCCGGCCGAUCUUCUACCGCCUUUCCUUGUCGGAGAUGGUCGUUCCCUACGGCGCGCCCGAACACCCUCAUCCUCGGAAACACGCGUUCGAUGUCGGAGAGUACGGUAUGGGUACCAUGGCGAACGAGCUCACGCUCGGGUGCGACUGCCUCGGCCAGAUCCACUACCUGCCUGGUGCAUAUGUCGCACAUGACGGCUCAGCAGUCAGCGUGAAGAACGUCAUCUGCAUCCACGAAGAGGACGCCGGCUUGCUUUGGAAGCACACCGACUUCCGUGUCGGCGGCCGUGCUCAGGCUGUCCGCAGCCGUCGUCUCGUGAUCCAACAGAUCUGCACGCUCGCGAACUACGAGUACAUCUUCAACUACAUGUUCUACCAGGACGGCAACAUCGAGGUCGAGAUCCGCCUCACGGGCAUCCUACAAGUGUACGCGCAGGGCGAAGACGAGCCGAACGGCCCCUUCGGCACCACGCUCGCGCCCGGCAUCCACGCGCACUACCACCAACACAUCUUCUCGAUGCGUGUCGACCCCAUGGUCGACGGCCUGCAGAACUCCGUCGUCGAGACCGACAUCCUGCCCCUCCCGAACGCCCCAACCGGCUCCGCGGCAAACCACGUCGGCAACGCGUUCAUCGCGCGCGGCACGCCCAUCGCGCGCGCGGCCGACGGCGCGCGCGACUACGACUACGGCACGGACCGGCGGUGGGCGAUCGUGAACCCGAAGAAGGUGCACGCGGCGUCGAAGCGCAACGCGGGGUACACGAUCAUGGGCAAGGGCGCGGCGGCGCCGCUGAUGGCGCUCGAGGGCAGCGUCGUCGCGAAGCGCGCGGCGUUUGCGCGCAAGCAGCUAUGGGUCGUGCGCGACGUCGAGGGCCCGAAGGGCGGGCGCAUGUGGCCGUCGGGCAAGUACGUUCCGCAGACGCGCGAGUCGCCUGAGGACUCGCUGCCGUAUUGGGCGAAGGGCGACGAGAGCCUGCUGGAGGAGGACCUGCUGGUGUACAUCACGAUGGGCAUCACGCACAUCCCGAGACCGGAGGACUGGCCGGUGAUGCCCGCCGAGCACCUGCGCCUUGUGUUCAGGCCGACAAAUUUCUUCACCGCGAACCCGAGCAUGGACGUGCCCGGGGCGAACGACUCGAAGAGUCGUCCGGCCUUCCCGGAUUCGACCGAUGCCACGACUGGAGGGGCAUGUUGCGAGUAGGGAGGGUUUGGGAGAGCGUAAGUUGGGUUUGGUUGUACGAAUAGUCACUCAAGCAGCAUCACACCCGAUAUUGUCAUAAUACAACUGUACAGUGAAAGGCG